AUGGAAGGCGUCAAAUCCUUUGUUGGUCAAAUGUUUGGCAAGUCAUCUGGCCAGACUGCCCAGUCUGGCCGUGGAAUGAGCAAUGGUCGAUUGCUUAUCGAUUUCCUCUGUGACGAUCUUGGUUUGCCUUCUAUUCAAGCAUAUAAGGAUGCUGCUGGUAACUUCACCGCUGGUGUCAACUUUGCAAUAGCAGGAUCAACUUGUCUUUCAGGAGACCUUUUCGCUAGUCACAAAAUCACACACUCCUUAAUGUUUAAACCAAAACCUGAGAGCUCCUUGACUGAAAUAGAUUGGUUCAACAAGUUUCUUCUAAGUGUGGAUUGUAAGGGUAAGGAUGAGGCUCAAUGCAAAGCUCACUUAGGAAACUCCCUUUUCUGGGUUGGUGCUCUUGGCUUGAGUGAUUAUGCACGCAUUUUUGGAUCUUCCAUCUCUGCUAAAUCACUUACAGAAGCGUCUGUGGAUCAUGUUGGCAAAAUUCUUAAGGCAUUGCUUGAAAGAGGUGCAAAGUAUGUUGUGGUUCAAGGGCUUCCACCAGCAGGUUGCUGUCCACUGCAAUUGCUCCUGAACCCACCAAGGGAACGAGACAAUAUGGGAUGUUCAUCAGGCCUUAACGCAGUGAUCCAAGCUCAUAACGAUUUCCUCCAGAAGAAGUUGGGAGAAGUUCGGGCACAGUACAAAGAUGCAGUGAUUGUAUAUGCAGAUACCUGGAAUGCAUACAAAACAGUAUUAGUCAACUAUAAGAAUUUCCAAUUUGAAGAGCCCUUCAAAGCAUGCUGCGGAGCUGGAGGAGGACUGCUCAACUUUGAUUUGCAUUCUCUUUGUGGAUCAACCGGCACCUCUGUCUGUAAGAAUCCUCAGUCCUACAUUAGCUGGGAUGGAAUUCACUUCACUGAAGCUAUGCAUAAACAGCUAGCUCAACUUUUCUUCCACCAAGGCUUCUGCUCCCCAUCGUUUGAUGCUCUGAUUGAAGCCAAGAGUAAGAAUGGUCCUGCUGCUUAGGCUAUUG